CGGGCUCGGGGGCGGGGCGAGGACGCUGACCCGCGCGCGAGGCCUGUGUUCCGGGACUGCGACUUGGACCGUGGGCCUGCGGGUCCCUGGAGAGGUCGGCCUGUGACUCCCCUUUCCCCCGGCUGGGCUUCGCCAGAGCCGGCACCCAGCGGGGACGCGGGAUCGCGAAAGCCGCUCCAGCCAAUCCCCGGCCCCGGGGCCCGCCCGCGCAGGCGGGGCCGGGGAGCUGUCCGCGCGCCCUGGUGCUGAAAGGGCGCCCGCUCGCUGCGGGGCAGAGCCGGGGUCGUGUGCGGGAGGAGGGGCCUCAACCCGUCCCCCUCAGCCUCCUGGCAAAUGUGGGUACUCCCCUUUUGCGUGGGGGUAGGGGCGAGUCCAUCCCACCUGAGUUUCUGUAAAGGGCACCGUGAAGGCCCUCGGGGAGGUCCGGGUGUGGGCAGAGGACAUACUGGACAGGCCAGGAAGGCGCGAGCCAAGCUGCGGCCCCCCUCGGCUUCCUGGGAAGACCAGGUGCAGAUUCCAGAUGUGCUGGAAUGGCGCCGGGAGAGCCUAAUUACUGCUGGGACCAGAGUUUCCUUUCGCUCCCCUAGGGGCCUCGGAGUGCAGAUUACGGUCCUGGCUCGGGAUCCCUCCUUCCUCCAUCUGCACUUCCUCCUCCUCCCGCAUCGGCGAAUAAAUCCCAGGCCCCUCCCUUCGCCCGUCCCCAGGAUCUGACGUGGGCUUGACACCUUUCUCAGCUUCUCCCUCCCGCAGCUCCAGUGGCCGAGCUUCGGCUUCCCUGGUUCCGCAACCCCUUCCCUCUUCCUCUCCCCGACAAGCCCCGGUAGAACCCCGUAAGGACCCUCUGGAUCCUCAAGCCCACCCUGGGCCCCCGGAAGCUGCCUUUCCCCUCCCACUUCCCCCCGGCUGGCAAUCUAUGCAUCCCGAUGGACCCAAGCGCCCGAACAAGGGGAUAACCUUCGGCCCUCUCGGCCCCACCCCCCGCAGCGGGAGCCGCGCCCCCCUCUACCAUAGAUCGGAGAGCCAAGGAUAAAGAUUGAGCUAAAGGGGGCGGACUCUAGGCAACCCCUAGGCCAAUUCUGCUCCUCCAUCCCAAAGGGAGAGAAAUUGUCUUCCUUUGCUGACCCUUAGCAGGAAAGCAAAAUUAAAGGGAAAGAUAAAAGGACGCAGAGGGGAGUGAUAACUGGAUUAUUCAGAAGAGCUACACAGGAGAGAGACUAGGGUGAGUCGCCAUGGGGACUCCCAAGGCCCAGCACCCACCGCCUUCCCAGCUGCUGUUCCUAAUUCUGCUGAGCUGUGCCUGGAUUGAGGGUCUUCCCCUGAAAGAGGAUGAGAUGAUGCCAGAGUCGGGAAGUGAGACUCCCACAGUGGCCUCUGAGGACCUGGCUGAACUGCUCCAUGGAGCUUUGCUGCGGAAGGGCCCAGAGAUCGGCCUCUUGCCGGGAUCUGACCCAGACCCCACACUAGCCACCCCUCCAGCCGGCCAGACUCUUGCAGCGCCCUCCCUGCCACGUGCCACUGAGCCAGGGACAGGGCCUCUGACGACAGCUGUCACCCCUAAAGGGGUCAGGGGGGCAGGCCCCACCGCGCCAGAGCUGCUGACCCCGCCCCCUGGGACUACAGCCCCGCCCCUGCCUGGCCCCGCCUCCCCAGUCCCACCCCUCAGGCCCGAAGGAGGAGAGGAGGAAACCACCACCACCAUCAUCACCACAACAACUGUCACCACUACUGUUACUAGUCCAGUUGUGUGCAAUAACAACAUCUCCGAGGGAGAAGGGUUUGUGGAGUCUCCAGACUUGGGGAGCACUGCCAGCCGCUCUGUGGAACUCCUGGAUUGCACCUACAGCAUCCAUGUCUACCCUGGCUAUGGCAUUGAGAUUCAGGUGCAGACACUCAACCUGUCUCAAGAGGAGGAACUCCUGGUGCUGGCCGGUGGGGGAUCCCCAGGCCUGGCCCCCAGACUCCUGGCCAAUUCCUCCAUGCUGGGAGAAGGACAGGUCCUUCGGAGCCCAACAAACCGGCUGCUCCUGCAUUUCCAGAGUCCUCGGGUCCCAAGGGGCAAUGGCUUCAGGAUUCACUACCAGGCAUACCUCCUGAGCUGUGGCUUCCCACCCCGGCCAGCCCACGGGGAUGUGAGUGUGACGGACCUACAUCCUGGGGGCACUGCCACCUUCCACUGUGACUCAGGAUACCAGCUGCAGGGUGAGGAAACGCUCAUCUGCCUCAAUGGUACCCGGCCAGCCUGGACUGGUGAAGCCCCUAGCUGCAUAGCAUCUUGUGGGGGCACCAUCCACAAUGCCACACUGGGUCGUAUCGUAUCCCCUGAGCCUGGGGGAGCUGCAGGGCCCAACCUUACCUGCCGCUGGGUCAUUGAAGCAGCUGAGGGACGCCGGCUACAUCUGCACUUUGAGAGGGUCUCGCUGGAUGAGGACAAUGAUCGGCUGAUGGUGCGCUCAGGGGGAAGUCCCCUGUCCCCUGUGAUUUAUGACUCUGACAUGGAUGAUGUCCCGGAGCGUGGUCUCAUCAGUGAUGCCCAAUCCCUCUACGUAGAACUGCUUUCAGAGACACCAGCCAAUCCCCUGCUGCUCAGCCUCCGAUUUGAAGCCUUUGAGGAGGAUCGCUGCUUCGCCCCUUUCCUGGCACAUGGCAAUGUGACUACUACAGACCCUGAGUACCGCCCAGGGGCGCUGGCCACUUUCUCAUGCCUCCCAGGAUAUGCUCUGGAGCCACCAGGGCCCCCCAAUGCCAUCGAAUGUGUAGAUCCCGCAGAACCCCACUGGAAUGAUACAGAGCCAGCCUGUAAAGCCAUGUGUGGAGGAGAGCUAUCUGAGCCAGCUGGUGUGGUCCUCUCUCCCGACUGGCCCCAGAGCUAUAGCCCUGGCCAGGACUGCGUGUGGGGCCUGCACGUCCAGGAAGAGAAGCGCAUCUUGCUCCAAGUUGAAAUCUUGAAUGUUCGCGAGGGAGAUAUGCUGACACUGUUCGACGGGGACGGUCCCAGCGCUCGAGUCCUGGCCCAGCUGCGAGGGCCUCAGCCGCGCCGCCGCCUCCUCUCCUCUGGACCCGACCUCACUCUGCAGUUUCAGGCACCCCCGGGGCCCCCAAAUCCGGGUUUAGGCCAAGGCUUCGUAUUACAUUUCAAAGAGGUCCCGAGGAACGACACAUGCCCUGAGCUGCCACCUCCUGAGUGGGGCUGGAGGACCGCAUCCCACGGGGACCUUAUCCGGGGCACAGUGCUCACUUACCAGUGCGAGCCUGGCUAUGAGCUGCUGGGAUCAGACAUCCUCACUUGCCAAUGGGACCUGUCCUGGAGCGCGGCUCCACCGGCCUGCCAAAAGAUCAUGACUUGUGCUGACCCUGGCGAGAUCACCAAUGGCCACCGGACUGCCUCAGACGCCGGUUUUCCCAUCGGCUCCCAUGUCCAGUAUCGCUGUCUGGCAGGGUACAGCCUGGAGGGGGCAGCUGUACUUACCUGCUACAGCCGAGACACAGGCACACCCAAGUGGAGCGACCGAGUCCCCAAAUGCGCCUUAAAGUACGAACCGUGCCUGAACCCCGGUGUUCCUGAGAAUGGUUACCAGACACUGUACAAGCAUCACUACCAAGCUGGCGAGUCGCUGCGCUUCUUCUGCUAUGAGGGCUUUGAGCUCAUCGGCGAGGUCACCAUCACCUGCGUACCCGGUCACCCCUCCCAGUGGACCAGCCAGCCCCCGCUCUGCAAAGUGGCCUAUGAGGAGCUCCUGGACAACCGAAAACUGGAAGUGACCCAGACUACAGACCCAUCACGGCAGCUGGAGGGUGGGAACCUCGCUUUGGCCAUCCUGUUGCCCCUGGGCUUGGUCAUUGUCCUGGGCAGUGGUGUUUACAUAUACUACACCAAGCUGCAAGGAAAAUCGCUCUUUGGCUUCUCUGGUUCCCACUCCUACAGCCCCAUCACUGUGGAGACUGACUUCAGCAACCCGCUGUAUGAAGCUGGGGAUACACGGGAGUAUGAAGUUUCCAUCUGAACCCCAAGUCUAAGUCUGCAGGACCCAGGACCUCCCCAUUCUCUCACCAUUCUGGGCAGUGAGGAGCAUAGGACCUGGUCUCUGGCUCCCCUCCCCCACUGCUGUGUAAAUAGUCUUCCCAUCCCAUGAGGGGGCUUUGAUGGCCCUGGAGACCCUACAGUAAAUAAACCAGCAUCCUGCCGUCCAAAGCCGCCUCUUCUUAGUUGCCAAACAAGGGGCCUUCUGCCCCCACAUCCUACUGACUUCUGGACCCAGGGAAGGGAACUCAGCCCCUUGCAACUCCUGCCCCCCCCCCCGCCAGCCCAGGACCCCACUCAAGAACUGUCCCCUAGCUCUACUAUUCCAAUGGCCAUGAAGGCUCCCUAACCCCAGAUGCCCGACUGCUGCUGGGCCUCUGAGGGUGAGAGGGAUGACAGAGAGGUGGGACGGAGCCGCAUCCCUUCCCUGUGUCUUCCCACCCACACUCCCUUUAUUUGCUUCUGAGUUCUUGUUUUUGAGCAAUAAACAGUCACCACUUGUAACUCA